AACUGUCGUCUAUCUUUAAUUCACUCAGUCUGGAAUAUAAUAAUGGCUGAUCAAGAAUCAAUCGAUACGUUCGUCGGUAUCACCGGUUCCUCUCAACUUGUUGCUAUCCGAAAACUGGCGGAACAUGAUGGUAGUCUUAAUGAAGCUGUUAAUUCUUAUUUUACUGAAGGAGAUACGGACAUCAGACACGAAACAAAUGUGCCUGCCUUACACGAGGAUUUCAUGGACAUAGACCGGACACACAGAGGAUUUCAUGAUUCUAAUCGUCCUGAAACUGCUUCCAGAAAUGAUCUUGUUACCAACAGUUUCCCAGAAAUUGUCCCUGAAACUCGUGGUACUGAUGAUGAUGCGGGGGAUGGUAUUUCACAUGACACAUGUGUGAUUCCAAGUGCUCCUGUAAUUAGUAAUUUAUCGGAGUAUGGCAUAGAAGAAAAGAUGAUCCAAGCUGCAAUUGAGGCUUCCAAACGCGAGGCUGACUCUGCUCAACCAGAUGUGCCAACUGAGCAAGAUAAGUCCUUUGGUGAACUAGAAUCUGAAGCAGGACCUUCAGAAACACAAGCCAGGACAUUGGCAUCAUCCAAUGGAAGAUUGGGCGUUGGGAGCUCAUCUGUCCAGGAUGCAGAAGAGCAGCCUCUAGUUAGGCGUAGCAGUAGACGCAGGAACUUGAGCUCGGCAUUAGGUCCUGCACAACGGCAAAGUGUGAAUAAUCCUGAUGAGUGGGGAGGCGUUUCAUCUGUAGAACACGAUGAGGCAGUCAUGCUUGAAGGAGCUGGAUAUCGUGUACCAUAUGUCCGAAAUCGUUAUAGGCGGAAUGCUGUUGGUAGGAACAAUGGGCCCUACACUAGGUCGACCCCUCGUUCUCCAUCUCCCACUCUUACUGCUCAAAGAUUGAUAAGGGAGCAACAGAAUGAAGAAUAUCUUGCUUCAUUGCAAGCUGACAGAGAAAAAGAGUUGCUAGAGCAGGCAGCCAGAGAAGCUGCUAUGGAAGAAGAACAGAGAAAAUUGGAACAAGAACAGGAAAUCGAGAGGCAGGUAGCAGCCAAAGAAACUUCACUUCCUCAGGAACCUGCAUCCGCUGAUGACAAUGCAGUUGCUCUUCUUGUACGGAUGCCAGAUGGAAGCCGCCAUGGUCGCCGAUUUAUGAAAACUGAUAAAUUACAGUAUCUAUUUGAUUUCAUUGAUGUUGGGAGAGUGGUGAAACCUAGCACAUACCGACUGGUGAGACCGUACCCUCGACGUGCUUUCAGUGAUGGCGAAAGUGACUUAACCUUGAAUGAACUGGGUUUGACUAGCAAGCAUGAGGCAUUGUUUCUUGAGUUGAUUUAAGCAACAGCAUCCAUCAUUUGUAAAUUAUGAUGUAUAUAGUUGGUCUACAUAUAUAGGCUCAUUGCUUGAUUUGUAUUCAUUGUAUUUAUUCUUAUUCUUGUUUGAACAGCAUACGUAUAACAUCAUCUUUAUUUUAUUGCCAAUUGGAGAAAUAUUGUAUUUAAUUUA